CCUCUCCUCUCCUCCUCUUCUCUUCUACUUCUUCUCUUCUCCUCCUCCUCUCUUCUACUUCUUCUCUUCUCCUCCUCCUCUCUCAGAUAGUGCAGUCUACAGUAGAGAACAGCCAGAAAUCCCCAGAAAAAAGUGCAAUCUUCAACCUUCUCUUUAUUUUCUAAAGAUACAAUUCUUUACUCCGUUCCUGCCCUCGUUAUCGAACAUAUAUACUGCAUAUGUACCUGUCUACUACAGACGUAUAGAACGCUACGCUGUACAGUACGCACAGGCGUGGCCAAAACCGAGGGAAAUCUUUUAAAUCCUCACUGCUCUCUUCUUUCAACUCUUUUAACCUCAAACCAACUUUACCAAAAAAAAAAAAAAAAAAAAAAGCCCACCUUCUGACGCCAUUCCCACGGCCACAAUCGUCGCACCCCCACCACAAACGAACAUCAAUUCAAACAAUCCAAACGCAACCAUAAACAACUACUGUGACACACCGACGGCCACGACAGGCCACGACAUGGCCGUGUCGACGCCGGUGGCAGUGCCAGCACCCAGGCAGCGCGCCCCAGGGGAGAAGCAGAUGCCGCUGCGGGAGGAGACGCUGCGCAAGAUCACCGAGCCCACUUUCACCGCCGACCGCGAGGAGCGCACCUCCUUCGCCUCGGUCAAAGAGGACCGCUCCGCUGUCGCCCAGUCAUUCCUCGACUCGCGCAUCUCCUCCUACGCCGCCUUCCCCGACGACGCAAUCGACGAGAGCGACUCCGACCACGCCACCUCCCCCAUCUCGCCCACCGACGUCUCGCGCUCCUCCUCCCUCACCACCACCGAUGACGACAACGAGAACGCCUCGACUGCGGUGGCACAGGUGAUCAUCUCGCCCGCCGCCCCGGCCGCUCACAACGUGCACGCGGACUCACAGGUUCCAUCUCAAUUAAUGGCAUCGGCGCUAGGCGCACCGCUAACGAACCCAGCGUCGACCCUGCACUCUUUCGUCUGCCCCUGCGAUGGCUUCCGUGGCUGGAAGGAGAUCCCCGUGAGGGGCAAGAUGGCCAGCAGGAGCUUCAGCGACCUCCGACAAUACUCCAACAAGGGCUUCACCUGGGAGCCCACCCCCUUCCUCGCCCCAAUCCAGCCUCCCAAGCCCGUCAAGCCAUCGACUUUCCCGGCAGGCGAAGCACCGCUCGAGAGGCUGCCAACUGAGUUACUGGGCGCUAUUAUUGACCAGAUGGUCGCGGACAUCCCUCCGAACGGCCUGCAGCCGCGAAACAUCGACUUGAUGGCCCUCCUCUUGACCUCGCGCGCGCUGCACUCUGCUACGCUCGCCACGCUCUACAAGCAGGUCACCAUCCCGCACUCGACCGUUUUCCGCAAGCUCCUGCACCAUAUCAAGGAAUACCCCGCCCUGGGCACGAUUGUGCGCCGCCUCGACUUCUCGCACUUCAACCCCACCGGAUCCGGCGUGACUGCGCGGCAGCGUGCCGAGACGCAGAACCUGACGCAGCAGACGAUGCUCGAGUGCCUGGAGCUGCUGCCCAACCUGCGCGAGUUCCUGGCCCAAGAGCACAUUGACGAGGAGCUCAGCGUGGAUGUCCUACGCAAGCUCUUCAACAACCCGCAGCUGCGCGCACUCGACUUCUGCGCCGCCUCUUCCGCCAUCUUCCGCACAUCCAUGAUGACCUUUGUGCGCUCUCUGGACCUCCCCGAGCUGAUGCCUAUCACGCGUCUCUCCUUCCACGAAUGCACCAUUCUGCCAUCUGUCGUGCUCGAGACGCUUCUCCCGCGCCUCCCUAACCUCACCCAUCUCGACGUCGCGCGCACACGCAUGUCCGACAAGGCGCUCGCUGCCAUCCCCGAGACAGCGCGCCUGACGCACCUCAACCUGAGUAGAUGCCAGUCCCUCUCCGGCGACGCCGUCGUCGAGUUCCUCACCACCCACCCCUCGGUCAAGGAGCUCCUCUACCUCAACCUGUACAUGGACGCCAAGUCCGCCGAGCUCCUCGCCGAAACCCACGUCACCUCCCUCCUCUCCAUCCUCCCUUCCACCCUCAAAUCCCUAAACCUCAAGGGCAGCGCCAUGAACGCCACGCACCUCUCCCUCCUUGAGCCCCUCACCAAGCACGUCGAAGAACUCGGCCUCGGCAGGAACUUAAACUACACCUCCCUCGUGCCCCUCCUGAAGCCGCCACCGGCUACCAAACCCGAUGAGCUGGCCCGUUGGGUCCCGCAUGCCCUGCGCUACAUCGAUAUCUCCGACUUCGGGCCUGAGCGCAUCGACUUCAGCGCUUUAUUCGGAAAGGCCACCACCGCGCUCGAUGAGCUCUCCAUGCCACUCGAGGUCAUCGAGGUGUGUCAGCGCGUGUACGACCGCUUCCUCGACCGCGAGCGCACCUUCAAGGCUGCGGGUUGGGUGGUCAAGGAGGCGGGUCGACGGGGGUGGCUCGUCCGCGAUCUGAGUAAAGUUGAUGGAGGGGAUGAUGGGGCGAGAGGGUGGAAGAUGGGAGCGACGUACUGGGGGAUGCGGAAGGUGCCGGUGGCGAGGGCGGAGGUGGGGGGGAUGUAUGGGCUUUAUAUGUUUAAGCGGUAGAGGAGGUACCUCUUUGUUUUGAGAACUGUUUUGUCUUUGGUUGGCGGGGAAAGACAAGGGGGAACGCAUUAAAGCAUAGCAUAGCAUGCAUGGAGCUGGGGAGUUUUUUUUUUUUUGCGAUUUGGGUUUCUGGCCUGCGUUUGCUUAGGGGGAGGCACUGCAUCGCGAAAGGGUAUAUGCAUUUGGUCAGCAGCAUUUGUUAUCCUUUUUACACUGGAAAUACCCCUGUGAGGAAUACCAUGGGAUUGGAGGGCAGCAGCUGGAGGGAAAACGGGGGGGUUGCACGCAUCGAAAGCAUGGCGAGCGUCGAGCCGUCUGUUUUUAUUUUCGCCCUCUUAAAUUGGGGGGAAAGAGAAAUGAAACAAAAGAGAGAAGACUGAUGAGAGAGAUGAGGAAGGAGGAGAGUUUUCUGAGAUGUCGUGUGUAUUGUGUCGUGUUGUUGUGCAAUGAUCCCCGAUUACCUUGCCCUCUUGCUACUGCCAUUGUGCCUCCCUCCCCACCAUCUCAAACGACGAACGCAGAGAUGUAAUGACCGCUUACUGAUGCGUUUGGAUCUGGCAAUGGAAUGGAAUGGAUGGCAUGCAGUUGAUGGCCUGGGAGGAGAUGGGAGAUUAUGCGGCUGUGUGGUGCUGGAUGGGAGCUGAGUUGAGCUGAGAUGAGCUUUAUGAUCGAUGCGAGGAUAUGAUAUGGGAGAUGAUUAUCCGGAGAUCUUAUGACACCGGACACUGAGUGCUGGACAUGGAGAGGGAGGAAAGACACUCACCCACGAUCCGAUCGAGCCAAACAUGGAGAGAGUGGAAAAAUUAUCAAAUCCCUCCUCGAAGUUAAGAAACGACCGACGAGGCGUGGCCGGAGAAGGAUAACGAGGUUCCGAGAAGUUAUUCCCUACCACGACCGCGUUUCACACUGUCAAUAUAACCUUAUGGUUUUCGUUGAAGGGGUAGAGCUGGAUGGAUUGAGGGAUGCUGCAUCGCGAGGGUGGCAGCUUAUCGUUGCCGGGGAAAAGGCUUACAAUGACAGGCUGGGCGGAAGGACAGUUGGUUCACUGGAGAUUGUUACAUGCGGCUGGUAUUGUCUUUUACGAACGCGCUGAGUUUCAGGGAGAGGGUAUUUACUUUUAACGAUGCUUUUUGACGGGUUUUACGUUUUGCGCUGGGUUUUUUUCACUGCUGUUGAUUUGAUGGGAGAAAUGAGUGAUGGUACAGGGUGAUGGGCUCUCUUCUCGUUUUUGGAGUAUGGAUGAGAAAACAAAAGGGGAGGGAUUAAUAAGGGAUAAAUAAAAAAUGGAAAAAUUCUUAUCUUGACUUUUAAUUUAAAAAAAGAGCUUAUAUAACAUACUACAAAAUAGCGAAACCCUACUAAUUAGAUAUAAAAUGGCG